CAGAGCUCAGAGCUGGGGGUCCAUGAGCAGCUCCAGGAUGAGAAGCCCCACAAGUGCUCCGAGUGUGGGAAGAGCUUCGUGUGGAGAUCGUCCCUGGUCAAGCAUUGCAGAAUCCACACGGGGCCACAGGUGGGAUCUGAUGGGGACAAACCCAACCUGGACCAGAGCUCCGAGCUGGGGGUCCAUGAGCAGCUCCAGGGUGGGGAGAAGAAGCCCCACAAGUGCUCGGAGUGCGGGAAGAGCUUCAAGUGGAGAUCCAACCUGUUGGAGCACAGCAGGAUCCACACCGGAGAGAAGCCCUACAAGUGUGGGGAGUGUGGGGAGAGCUUCAGCUGGAGCUCGCAGCUGCUUCUCCACCAGAGGAGGACCCACACUGGGGAGAAACCCUACGAGUGCCAGCAGUGCGGGAAGAGCUUCAGCUGGAAGUCCCACCUGACCAGCCACCUGAGGACCCACACCGGGGAGAAGCCCUACGAGUGCGACCAGUGCCAGAAGAAGUUCCAGAGCAGCUCCUCGCUCGUCGUCCACCAGCGCUCGCACACGGGCGAGCGGCCGUUCCGGUGCCCCGAGUGCGGCGUGGGCUUCAAGGAGAACUCGGCCCUCGUCCGGCACCGCCGCACCCACACCGGGGAGAGGCCCUACGGGUGCGAGCAGUGCCAGAGCUCCUUCCCGACCCGCUCGCUGCUGGCGGAGCACCAGCGCAUCCACACCGGGGAGAAACCGUUCCGCUGCGACGACUGCGGCAAGGGCUUCAGGCAAAAGUCCAGCCUGGUCAAGCACCGGAGGAUCCACACCGGGGAGAGGCCGUACGUGUGCGGGCAGUGCGGGAAGAGCUUCACGCAGAGCUCCAACCUGUUUGCGCACCAGAGGAGCCACGCGGAGCGGCCCUACGAGUGCGAGUACUGCUGGAGGAGCUUCUCGCAGAGCUCCAGCCUGAUCGUCCACCAGAAGUGCCACACGCAGGUGAGGCCCUACGAGUGCAGGAGGUGUGGGAAGAGCUUCACCACCAGGUCCUACCUGGUCACCCACCAGAUGAUCCACACCGGGGAACGGCCCUACGAGUGUGGGGAGUGCGGGAAGGGCUUCAUGUCCAAGUCCCACCUGGUUUACCACCAGAGGAGCCACAGCGGGGAGAAACCCUACGAGUGUGAGCAGUGCAAGAAGAGGUUCCUGACCAGCUCGCACCUCCUCAGCCACAAGCUGAUGCACACCGAGGAGAGGCCGUUCUGCUGUCCUGAUUGUGGCAAGGGAUUCAGACACAAGUCCAACCUGGUGAUCCACCAGCGCAGCCACACCGGGGAGAAGCCAUUCCAGUGUCCCCAGUGUGGGAAGGGCUUCACCACCAGCUGCAGCAUGACCAGACACCUGCAGAGCCAGCACUGAGGUGGGAAGAGCUCCGUGGGCUUCUCCAGCUCCAUCUCACACCGAAGGAUCUGCUCUGGAUGGUCCCCAGUCAGCAGAACCCUGGAGGUCCGUGUUAGGAGGCCACCUGGUUGAGGGCUUCGCAUGCUCCUGGAUUCGUCAACUUCUGUCCCAGAAAUAUCUCAAUUUUUUCAUCGUUUGGUAGUUUUAAGCAAAACUAGAUAGCCUUAGAUGCAUCAUCCCCCAUGGGAGGAUCUGCUCUGGAUGGUCCCCGGUGAGCCCAGGUGAGCAGAGCCCAGGUGAUCCAGGUUUCGAGGACACCUGGCUGAGGGCUCCACAUCCUGCUGACUCCCCUGGAUUUUCUUUUUAUUUCUCUUUGUUCUUUUUAAACAUUUAUAUCUGGAGAAAAUAAUAAAGAUGAUAAACAAAAACAA